GCGGGAGACGCUCUGUCCCACGCUCGCCCUGUGCUCGGUGGUUUAAAGAUGGCGGCGGCGGCUGGGGUGAGGAGCCGCCGGAGGGGGAGGGAGAAGGAGAGCCUGUGAGUCGCUGGGAGGCAGCGCGCCGGCGCGGCAGCGGCUCUGAGGAGUCCGCGUGCGGAGCCGCCGGCAACCCCGGCCCAGAGGGCCUGGGCUUGGGUCUGAGAGGCCGGAGCGGCGCCGGGAGCUCCGAGGCCGGAGCAGAGGAGGAAUGUGAGCCGGGGUCGGCGGGGGCGCGGGAGUACGCGAGCGGCGGGAUGGGGCAGCAGGUGGGCCGCGUCGGGGAGGCUCCGGGGCUCCAGCAGCCUCAGCCGCGCGGGAUCCGGGGCAGCAGCGCAGCCAGGCCCUCGGGCCGCAGGCGGGACCCGGCGGGGCGUACCGCAGACGCCGGCUUCAACGUCUUCACCCAGCACGAUCACUUUGCCAGCUGUGUGGAGGAUGGAUUUGAGGGAGACAAGACUGGAGGCAGUAGUCCAGAAGUUUUGCACCGCCCGUUUGGCUGUGAUGCUGAAUCUCAGGCACUGAAUGAAGCUAUCAGGUGGAGCUCCAAGGAGAACUUGCUGGGAGCCACUGAGAGUGACCCUAAUCUCUUUGUUGCACUUUAUGACUUUGUGGCAAGUGGUGAUAACACCCUUAGUAUCACUAAAGGUGAGAAGCUUCGAGUCCUUGGCUACAACCAGAAUGGUGAGUGGAGUGAAGUUCGCUCGAAGAAUGGACAGGGUUGGGUGCCAAGCAACUACAUCACUCCAGUUAACAGCCUAGAGAAACAUUCCUGGUACCACGGACCAGUGUCCCGCAGUGCAGCGGAGUAUCUCCUCAGCAGCCUAAUCAAUGGCAGUUUCCUGGUUCGAGAGAGUGAGAGCAGCCCUGGGCAGCUGUCCAUCUCUCUCAGGUAUGAGGGACGUGUGUAUCACUACAGGAUCAAUACCACCACAGACAGCAAGGUGUAUGUGACUGCCGAGAGCCGCUUUAGCACCUUAGCAGAGCUUGUUCACCACCACUCCACAGUUGCUGAUGGGCUAGUGACCACGCUGCACUACCCAGCACCUAAGUGCAACAAGCCAACCGUCUAUGGUGUGUCUCCUAUCCAUGACAAGUGGGAAAUGGAGCGGACAGAUAUCACCAUGAAGCACAAACUCGGGGGCGGCCAGUACGGAGAGGUUUAUGUUGGCGUCUGGAAGAAGUACAGCCUUACGGUGGCUGUGAAAACACUGAAGGAAGAUACCAUGGAGGUGGAGGAGUUCCUGAAGGAAGCUGCAGUGAUGAAGGAAAUCAAGCAUCCUAAUUUAGUACAACUGUUAGGUGUGUGUACCCUGGAGCCGCCGUUUUACAUUGUCACUGAGUACAUGCCGUAUGGGAACCUGCUUGAUUACCUCCGGGAGUGCAGCCGUGAGGAGGUCACCGCUGUCGUGCUGCUGUACAUGGCGACCCAGAUCUCCUCUGCCAUGGAGUAUUUGGAGAAGAAGAACUUCAUCCAUAGAGAUCUUGCUGCACGGAACUGCCUAGUAGGAGAGAACCACGUGGUAAAAGUGGCUGACUUUGGUUUAAGUAGACUGAUGACUGGAGAUACCUACACUGCUCAUGCUGGAGCCAAAUUCCCUAUUAAAUGGACAGCUCCCGAGAGUCUGGCCUACAAUACCUUUUCAAUUAAAUCUGAUGUUUGGGCUUUUGGAGUACUUUUGUGGGAAAUUGCUACAUAUGGAAUGUCACCAUAUCCAGGUAUUGACCUAUCUCAAGUCUAUGACCUACUGGAAAAAGGAUAUCGAAUGGAACAGCCUGAGGGAUGCCCCCCUAAAGUGUAUGAACUUAUGAGAGCAUGCUGGAAGUGGAGCCCUGCUGACAGACCCUCUUUUGCUGAAACCCAUCAAGCUUUUGAAACAAUGUUCCACGACUCCAGCAUCUCUGAAGAGGUAGCUGAGGAGCUUGGGAGAAGUGCCUCCUCCUCAUCUGUGGUUCCAUACCUGCCUCGAUUGCCACUACUUCCUUCCAAGACGAGGACCCUGAAGAAGCAGGGGGAGAACAAAGAGAACCUGGAUGGGGGCCUCGAUGCCUCUGAGAGCCUGGCCUCCAGCUCAGCACCAGCAGGGUUCAUUAGAAGCACACAGGCCUCCAGUGGGUCCCCAGCUCUGCCUCGGAAGCAAAGAGAUAAGUCACCGAGCAGCCUCUUAGAAGAUGCCAAAGAGACAUGCUUCACCAGGGAUAGGAAGGGAGGCUUCUUCAGCUCCUUCAUGAAAAAGAGAAACGCCCCCACACCCCCUAAGCGCAGCAGCUCCUUUCGAGAAAUGGAGAAUCAGCCCCACAAGAAAUAUGAACUCACGGGUAACUUCUCACCUGUUGCUUCUCUACAGCAUGCUGAUGGGUUCUCUUUCACUCCCGGCCAGCAAGAGUCGAAUCUGGUGCCAGCCAAGUGCUAUGGGGGGAGCUUUGCACAGAGGCACCUCUGUGGUGAUGAUGACAGUGGGGUGGGUGGGGGCAGUGGCACUGCUGGGGGUGGGUGGUCUGGUAUCACAGGCUUCUUUACACCUCGCUUAAUCAAAAAGACACUGGGCUUGCGAGCAGGUAAACCGACAGCCAGUGAUGACACUUCCAAGCCUUUUCCAAGGUCCAACUCUACAUCUUCCAUGUCCUCAGGGCUUCCAGAGCAGGAUAGGAUGGCAAUGACCCUUCCCAGGAACUGCCAGAGGUCCAAACUCCAGCUGGAAAGGACAGUGUCCACCUCUUCUCAACCAGAAGAGAAUGUGGACAGGGCUAAUGACAUGCUUCCAAAAAAAUCUGAGGAAGGUGCUGCUCCAGCCAGGGAGAGACCAAAAGCCAAACUAUUGCCCAGAGGAGCCACAGCUCUUCCCCUGAGAGCCCCUGAUCCAGCCAUCACUGAGAGUGACUCUCCGGGGGUAGGGGUGGCUGGAGUGGCAGCUGCCCCCAAAGGCAAGGAAAGGAAUGGUGGGACGCGACUUGGAGUCGCUGGAGUCCCCGAGGAUGGAGAGCAGCCAGGCUGGUCUUCCCCAGCCAAGGCUGUAGCUGUCCUCCCAACCACUCACAACCACAAAGUGCCAGUCCUUAUCUCACCCACUCUGAAACACACUCCAGCUGAUGUGCAGCUCAUUGGCACAGACUCUCAGGGGAACAAAUUCAAGCUCUUAUCUGAGCAUCAGGUCACAUCCUCUGGAGACAAGGACCGACCCCGACGGGUAAAACCAAAGUGUGCCCCACCCCCACCACCAGUGAUGAGACUACUGCAGCAUCCGUCCACAUGCUCAGACCCCGAGGAAGAGCCGACUGCCCCACCUGCAGGACUGCACACUCCAGAAACCCAGGAGGGAGGAAAAAAGGCAGCUCCAGGCCCAGUGCCCAGUAGUGGGAAACCUGGGAGGCCAGUCAUGCCUCCACCUCAAGUGCCUUUGCCCACAUCUUCCAUCUCGCCAGCCAAAAUGGCCAAUGGCACAGCAGGUACUAAGGUGGCCCUGAGAAAAACCAAACAGGCAGCUGAGAAAAUCUCAGCUGACAAAAUCAGCAAAGAGGCCCUGCUGGAGUGUGCCGACCUACUGUCCAAUGCAAUCACGGAACCUGUGCCCAAUAGCCAGCUGGUAGACACUGGGCACCAGCUGCUCGACUACUGCUCAGGGUAUGUGGACUGCAUCCCUCAGACUCGCAACAAAUUUGCCUUCCGAGAGGCUGUGAGCAAACUGGAACUUAGCUUACAGGAACUGCAGGUGUCUUCCACAGCUGCUGGUGUGCCUGGGACAAACCCUGUCCUUAAUAACUUAUUGUCUUGUGUACAGGAAAUUAGUGAUGUGGUGCAGAGGUAGCCAUUGUCAGCCUAGUGGGGAAAUGCACACAUUCUGAGGGGAGAGGGGAAGGGACUCAUUUUCCUGUGUUCUCGUUCUCAAGAAGUGAAAGACUGACACUUGAGUGUGUUUAUGUGAAGUACCUCAGAUCCCUGAGUUCUCACGUUCACAGGUUCAUCUCAAAACAGCAGAAAGGAAGUCACAUAAGCAGAUAAAAAUCAGCUUGGUGGAGCAGGACAGUGUGGGCAGCAUUGGAAACUGCACUGGAAAAUAAGGGAGCAUUGUGUAUAUGUCAUAGGACUGCACAGCCCUCCCAUGCAAUGAGUGGCCUGUGGCCUCCAUUGGCUCUUCUCAGUUGUGCUAUACCACGAAACAGGCCUUGACCUGACAGGGCCUGGGGGUUAUCGCGUUUCAGUUCACUCAGCAAAUCUGGGGAACAGGGGAAAGCAAUGUGGAGGAUGUAGCAGGAGGUGUUUUAUUCAAGGCUAGUGGAAAUGGCUGUUGGCCUUGCUCCUGUGGUUAUUGCUGUUGUAGCAAGAACUGCAAAUUAGAUUUACCAGAUACUCAACUGGGGAACAUGGCCCUCUCCAUCUGCUUUGCCCUGUUUACCAGAAAGUACAGAAUGCAGGGUAACUUUAGUCAGAUGGAUACCUCCAAGCUCUUGUGCUGACUAGCAGUCACUUCUCCCACUCUUCUGGCAUGUUACUUGCUCUAGUGGGCCAGUAUCCACCACCUGCUGCUUGUUGGUGGCUGUCUAUGAGCCAUGGGCAUAGGGGUGGUCUUAGUUCUUCUCUGUCCUUUGCCGGGCAGUCUGUCUUCCUUCAUUCCUGGCAGCAUAUCGGGCAUUACCCAGCAUCAAUGUUGAAAAUAGUGCUUACUGCAGGUUCUCGGAUGCCCUUGAACACUGACAUAAUGGCCACUUGAGCAGCUCUAUGUAUUCUUUACUUAAUUAAAAUACCAAGCAGAUACAGCACCUUUUUGAAACUGUGGCUGGUCUAGGGACCUGACACUGGGGAGCUUGUUGGGUCCACAUGGCUGCUUGUGCCUUUCCCUCCUUAAACCAUCCGGGUGGACGGAGGGGAAGCGUUUUCACUGAGGGCUUGCCUCCACCGGGUUUCUCAUGCUCUUUUUCUUUGCUCACAUACCAUCCCUUGUUGCACUUGGAGUUUGUUUGUGUUGGGAAUAUACCUUAUUUAUUUUUUCCUUUCAUCUCUAUUUUAGAGUGCAUAAUAGAAGGAGUGGGUUAUUUUCAGGGAGCACUAAUUAGGCCCGGAAACCUAAGGGUUUAACCUGAGAAUCAGUUUUACCCUUGAAAAAUGGGCAUUUCUCUUCCCUAAUUACAGUUAUGGAAGCUAGUAAAUUAACAUGGAAUAGAACAGUAGCGGGUUCCACAUUACUGAUGUUUUUGGUGUUGUGUCUAAUUCCAGUUACUGAUUUUUUUUUAAACUUUGUGAACACCCCUUUCAUUCUUCAAAGAGAACCAAUACAAAAUAUAGUGAUUUUUCUUCUUCCAAAGGAAUAUUAAUGUAGAAAGAUGGGAAUUGAGCACUAAGCAGUGCUUUCUCCCUGACUCAUUGAUCUGCUGUCAGGCUGCUGCCCCGUCGUCUGAUCUAUUAAUUGAAGGCACUAGCCCACAUUCUCAAGAGUGCUGUGCAGACUUCAGAGACAGCGCUGUGCUUAAUGUUGUUGGGCCGCUUUUCAUUCUCUUCGCUGAAUCACAAAUAAGGAGCUUUUGAAAUGCUGUUCUUACAGAAUCGGGCCAGAAUCCUAAGGGGAAACUAUUUCAGGUUGCAUUUGGUGUCCUUGACCAAGGAAGAACUUUAGUUUUCAAUUAGAAAAAGGGAAAUUGGAUGCCCGUCACUGCUGCUCCAGAGAAAGCUCAGGGUAAGAGGAGGCUUGGGGUAGUGUGUUCCCACAGCUGCAGCCUGACAGCUAGGUGUCAGUCAGGUUCAUGCCCCUGAAGAGGAUUCCCCCACCUUGUUGGCCACUAUUCCGCACAUUGGAUGCACCCAUAAACUUGAAUUUAUUCUAGCAAUUAGCUUUGUACCGGUGGGGAGGAGGAAGUGAAAACUUGAGGGCAUUAUUAAUGCUGCUUUUAGCAUAUAUCCCUGCCACAGUGGGAUGUCUUAAGGGAUGGUGGUUGUUUUGGGUUUGGGCCUCUUUUUUUUUUUUUUUUUUUUUUUUUUUUUUUUUUUUUUUUUUUUUUGCUUGUUUGUUUGUUGUUGUUGGUUUUCCCUUCAGAGUUCUGAAAACAGGCUUAGAGAAACACUACUGAGUCUCUUGGCUGACUGCUUUUCUUACUCUGAGGGGCCCAAUCAAGGCCAUGUCUCACUCAAGCUUCUGCUCUGCUCACAGCAGCAUCACUAAAUCCAUGAGCCGAACUGACUUUCCUCUCUCCUCGUGAUGCGUGAACUGUGUACUUUGUGUACUUUUCAGGGAUUGAUGCCUCAGGCCACAGAGGCACUGUCAACUUGCUAUGGAAGAAUUAUUUAGGUUUGUCUUGUAUCUACCUGCAAGGUAUCAGCUUAGGAAAAGGGAAAAAAAUUAGCAAAUUAAAAGAUUUGAAUAUAAAGCAGAGAAAACUGCUUUUAGAAAUGAAAAAUGUAAUUAAUUACGUAGCCUAUAAACAGAGUAGAUGGCAAGAGAAAAGGCUCUUGUUAAUGGUGUCUGGCAACUCCUAGAGCUAUUUGACCUAUGCAGAUCUUUGCACUGCCACAGCUUGAUUGCUUUCAUAUACAAGUCUUAUGAUUUCAGUUGGAUUUCCUACCUUCAGAUACAGUGUUUUGUAUUGAAUAUAUCCUAAUUAUGCUUUACGGGAAGCUUUUUUUUUUUUUAAGCUUUGGAUACAAUUAUAUUUUAUAUUUCCAGGUGAUUUCCAUCAUGAUGUUCAUAGAGAGAAAGAUCUUAAAAUUGGCCUUUUGUAUGAGAUAUAUUUUGCAGUGAGAUGGACUUAAUUGAACAUGAUACACCAAGCUGCGAUCUGGCAUGUAAGAAACUGAUUUGGUUAUUUUCAAGAUGCCCUGUAAAGGUCAUCAUUGUGGAUUGGAGACUAGUUUCCAUCCUUAUUUUAAGGUUUCAUUUAUAAAUGUUCCUACUUCAAUCCUACUUAAAAUCCUCCUUAGUUGACAAUUGGCUGGUGAAAUCUUUCCCUGUUAAUGAAGACAGUGGUUUCUAAGCUUAGGGGUACAGCAUUACUGAUAGUGUGAGGCCUGGUGCAGUGACCACUCCAUGGAUGUUAACUGCUAGUACUAACUCCUAACCUGAGAGCACACAGAAAUCCUGUAGAGGUUUUUAAAAGAAAACUGGUGAAUUAGCCCCGCUUUGUUGGAAUUCUCGAUGGGAUGAGAGACUAGCUAGUGUGCUUCCCAAGAUCUUCUCGAGUUUUCAAACACUCACUGCUCUCUGAGCACUGUGAACAGAAGAGACUGAGGUGAUGUUGUCACUGGUCCAUAUCUCAAAGCAGUUAGUGGCAGAGCUGAGGCUAGAAUUCAGGAGUCCUGACAUUUGGCAUCUCUCCACAGCCUGCUGCCUUGUGAGAUGCUCAGCUAGACAAUCAGUAUACAUGGUGCUGCACACUUCGAAAGCACAGGCUCUGGCAGGCCCUGGCCAGGAAGAGCUUGGAUGUUUGGUAAUGGCAGUAUAGCUGGACAAGCCUUUAGCAGAACUCCGCUCAGAAGAGAACUUAGUACUGAGGCACCCACAGAGAUCUGCACUUUGUAGUUGAAGAAUACCAGCUUGAGUUGUUUAAAAACAAAAAGGAAAAAGACUGAAAAAAACAACUAGUCCUACACUUUUUUGUUCAAAAAGAAAUGUGUUUUUCAGUGUCAUUUUAAUGCAUAUGAGGUAGUGUACCUGAAAGCACCUUGAGAAAUCAAAUGCAUUCAGCUGUAAAGCUUUACAAAUGUCUGUAGAGGAUGAGUUGACCUGGACCUGAAGCUAGACACUCACCCACUCACCCACCGCUGUAGUUUGUUACAGACGCACGUACAAAACUGCUAAGUGUGCAUGGGAAAAUAGUUAAGAGCUGAAUAACGUCAGAAAAUUAGGGGCUAAUUUUUUGGUUUAAUUCUCAUCUUUAAGAAGUAGUCAAGUGGUGGCAUGUAAUCCAGCAGUAAAGAGGGUAAGUAAGGCAAGAGAAUCUCAGGUUCUAGACCAGCCUCGGCUACAGAAGGAAACUCCAAGGAGGAAUGGAUUGCUACUCCCUUCGGAGCCAGUAGCUCUUGCAGGCCCCUGAUGGGAAGAUGAGGGCCUCUUCCUGAGCAGUCCUCUACUACAUCCUCAGCUCUUGGUGUUCUUGCUGUGGUACGAGCAGACUCAUUUCCUGUUCAUGUUGACACUUUCUUUUUAAAACUAAUGUCUUGGGGUGGGGGGAGAGUUGGGGAUAGAAGACUGAUGUACUUGGAGAAUUUCUAGAAUUUUCUUUCAGUUAUAAAUGACAUUGACAUUUAUCAUCACUCCUGUGGAAAAAAGAAGUAGCUGAGCUUAGCUCACCUAUUAGAUCAAGUAAAUCAUGUGGAGGCGACCUGCAUAUAGCUCUAUACUGUUUCCCCCUUCUGCCCCCCAUGUUUUUCUACCUUUGCUAGUGAUUCCCUUUUCAUUAGGCUGUAUCUUCAGGAGAGUGGGUAUUGGGUUGACAGAGUCAUCUUACUUCUGUUCUCAGUGAUCUAUGUCAUUGCCUUGCUUCAUCUGAAUCUGGCAUCCAUCUUUAUGCCCUCAGCAUCUGCUAUGGCCAGGACUUUCUAUAUUUCUUGUCAGCUGCUUCAGCUUUGUCAGGCUGCUAGCCUAGUUCUUUAAGAAUGCCUGUUUCAUUUUGGAUUUUGUAGGCAUGCAGAGGCUUAGAGCAAGGCAUUUCCAAGGGAACAUGUGUGCAGACUGGCUGAGGCAGCCUAAGGGUCCCUAUGACUCCCAUGCUGCCAUUGCCUCUGAGGCAGAGAAGCAAGAGCUUGGGAUGGUCCUAAAAUUCGAUCUACUCCUAAGUCUUGUGCUUAGAGUUCCAGUUUUCCAGCUUAGGAGUCAGGAGUGCCUGGAGUAGUGGUUCCUGUGACCUGUGCUGAUCAGCUCAGCACAGUGACCCCACUUCAGUGCUCUUACCUGUGCUGAUCAGCUCAGCACAGUGACCCCACUUCAGUGCUCUUACCUGUGACCCUGCUACGGAGGAGACUGGCUCAGCUCACCUACUCCAUUGCCACGUAUUUGUGGAAUGAUAACUCUUCUUUUGGACUAGCUCCCCAGGUGCCUCAGGAGGACCCUGGGUGAGGUCUGGGCAGUUUAUCUUGAUUAGAAACAGAAGUCAUCCUCAGAGAUUUGUACCAUCAAAGAUGAGUCCCUGAGUAUUACUGGGAGAAAUACUUGCCUGCUGGGCUGGUGUGCAUAAUUGUUGAACUAGAGCUCAAAGUCCCAUUAGUUUAGAUUCUCCACUCAUCUCUCCGCACACUGGCAGAUUGCUGCCGUACUUUCUCGAUCCUAUGUGAUGUGCUGGCUCUUCUGGACCAGCCUCCACCUCCACACACACCUAUGAAUGUACACUAUAAAUCUGAAACUCUUUACCCCUCCUAGAUAAUAAUAUUCUUUAUUUCCCUGGUGCCGAUAAACAAGAACACAGUUGCAGAACCCUGUUAGCCAGAGAGGACAGAAGAGAAGCACACUGAGUGGCUCUGCAAAGCUGCCAUUUAAGGAUAAAGUAUGUCCACUUGUCCUUGGACCAUUGCAUCUUGAGAAGAAUAGGGAUGUUGUGGGUCCUGAGUAACUCGGCUGUUUGGAGAGCGUGGACCCUCACCCCGUAGGAUAUGAAAGAGGUGGUGUCACAUGCUAACAAGGUAGUGAGAGGAAAUACAGAGUUCUGUGGGUGGAGCUUGCUUGCUUAGGUUUGUUUCUGAGACCCUGGAUAGCACUUUAACACCUUGUUUUUAGUGACCAUAUAAUUUAGGACUAGUGGGACUUCAUAAAAAUGUCACAUACCUAGGUUCCUAAUUUUCAGCACAUACUUGUUGAGUCAGGGUACACUGCAAGGCCAGGACCAUUAGUUCCCACUUUAUCUUUGGUAUUCUCUCCUCCCCCCUCCAUUGCCCCCCCCCCAGGGUUUCUCUGUUUAGCCCUGGCUGUCCUGGAACUCUCUCUCUGUAGACCAGGCUGGCCUUGAACUCAGAAGAACUCAGAAAUCUGCCUGCCUCUGCCUCACAAGUGCUGGGAUUAAAGGCACGGGCCACCACUGCCCAGCUGUAUCUUUAGUAUUCUUAAGACCCAUGCUGUGUUGUAAAUGACAAGAAUACUGAUGGUCAGAGCUACAUGAUGUACAUGGCCAGCUCCCAGUAUGUACAUGGCCAGCUCCCACUAUGCCACUUGAACUCCAUCAUGAGAAGCAUUUGCUGAGACCUUGAGAGAUGACCUUCAGGAAAAUGAGGAUUCAGAAACCAAGGGACGGUGAGGUGCUCCCUGCAGCUCCUUAUCACCUCUCUGAGGGCAGAGGCAGUGGCUGGUGGACGCACUGCACACAAACCCCAUCCUUGCAGACCUGCACUUCCUUUCCUUUGCAGUCUGAUUCUGUAAUGACUAUCAGUGGAGCUGCCCCAACUUUGUGUUUGCUUGAUAAAAGUAAAUUUGAACAUUUUGUGGUGGUUGAUAGAACUUUGUCCUAAAAUUUGCUAAUUCAAACUCUUUAAAACUCUAGUGUUUAUACCAAAGGUUAUACUGCAGGCGUAGGUGAUACACAGAGGGUGAUACCCACAGUGGGCACUGUGUGCAUUGCUAAGGGGACACAGUGAGACCAUAUGGGAUUUUACUAAAACACAUCAGUCAUGGGUCGCACUAUCACUGUUGUCAAGUAUUUGUUCUUAAUUGUUAUUGUAAUAUAGUUUCAAUUGUUCUUCUAAUUUAAUUCUCUCACUCUGUUGUCUGACUGUGAACUGCUAACAGUGUUAAAAACUUGAUGUAAAUAAAUGAUGCCCCUGGCAGGGACUGAUUCCUGCCAUCUCUCACAAGGUUUGCAAGUUGUGUUUUGUUUUAAAUAAAAGUUGGAAUAUUUUA